AUUCAUUUUAAAACCAAUGAAUUCAAAAAAAAAAAAAAAACAAAAAGCAAAACAAAACCCAGCAAGACGUCAAGUUCCGAGUUCAGACUCCAGGGACUUCUUCUUCCACACUAGGAUUUUCCUUUCGUUUCAUCAAUCGUCUUCUCACUUCUUACUGUAGAUCUUUUUGCUCAACGCUCGAGGCAAACCCAGCAUAUAAUAAUUAAUAAACAAAACAAAACAGGAAUCAUAAGUUAUCCACCAAAAAUAUAAAUUUUUUUUUUCUUUGGAAGAUAAUGCAAGGUUCUGUAGGUGAACCAGAAACAGAGGAUGAGGAAGCAAAGCUCCAGUUCCUCUUCAAUGGCGUCUACUAAGCUCACUCUUCUUCUCACCACUUUCCUUUUCUCUUCUCUCCCCUUUACAUUUUCCCAAGCCAAAUCCUCCGAAGACAGCGAGCCUUACGUGGGAGUGAACAUCGGCACAGACGUUUCGAAACUCAUAUCUCCGUCGGAAAUCGUUUCGUUUCUCCAAGCGCAGAAGAUAUCCCAUGUCCGCCUCUACGACGCCGACCAGGACAUCCUCAAAUCCCUGGCGAGAACCAAGAUUCGGGUCAUGAUAAGCGUGCCCAACAACCAGCUCCUCGCAAUCGGCUCCUCCAACACCACCGCCGCUUCGUGGAUCGACCGAAACGUCGUCGCUUUCUACCCCGAAACGCUCAUAACAGGCGUUUCGGUUGGAGACGAAGUCUUAACCACAGUCCCUUCUUCUUCUCCUCUCUUACUCCCAGCGAUUGAGUCUCUUUACAACGCUUUAGUCUCUUCAAACCUCCAUACCCAGAUCAAGAUCUCCACUCCCCACGCAGCUUCCGUUAUUCUUGACACGUUUCCUCCUUCUCAGGCGUUUUUUAACCAGAGUUUGACCCAAUAUAUUCUCCCUCUUCUCCAGUUCUUGUCCAAAACCGGUUCUCCUCUAAUGAUGAACCUUUAUCCUUACUACGUCUUUAUGCAGAACAAAGGCGUUGUUCCUCUCGACAACGCUUUGUUCAAGCCCUUAACGCCUUCCAAGGAAAUGGUGGACCCCAACACUCUCCUUCACUACACCAGUGUUUUGGACGCCAUGAUCGACGCGGCCUAUUUCUCAAUGAAGAAUCUCAACAUUACCGACGUUGUCGUUCAGGUGUCCGAAAGUGGUUGGCCAUCAAAAGGUGACUCGAAAGAGCCUUACGCGACCAUUGACAAUGCGGAUACUUAUAAUUCGAAUCUCAUCAAGCACGUUCUUGAUCGGAGUGGGACCCCUUUACACCCCGAAACCACGUCGAGUGUGUACAUAUAUGAGUUGUUUAAUGAGGAUUUGAGGUCUCCUCCGCUUUCUGAGGCGAAUUGGGGUUUGUUUUAUGGGAAUUUUACGCCGGUUUAUUUGCUUCAUGUGUCGGGGAGUGGGACUUUUUUGGCGAAUGAUACGACGAACCUGACGUAUUGUAUUGCGAUGGAUGGGGUUGAUCAGAGGACUUUGCAGGCGGCUUUGGAUUGGGCUUGUGGGCCGGGGAGAGCCAAUUGCUCGGAGAUUCAGCCGGGCGAGGAUUGUUAUUAUCCGAAUAAUGUGAAGAACCAUGCUUCUUAUGCGUUUGAUAGCUAUUACCAGAAGGAAGGCAAGGCUGCUGGGUCUUGUGACUUCAAGGGUGUCGCCACUAUCACCACCACUGACCCAAGUCACGGGAGCUGCACAUUUCCUGGAAGCAAGAAGAUGAGCAAUAAAACAAAGCAGGCAGUGAACUCAACUCAUAUAAGUGGUGCGGCGGAGAGAUCGAGAUUCAUUGCCUUCAGCAGCAAGGAACUUGUUGUAUCUUUCUCUAGUUUGUUAUUCUUUCAUCUAAUGACUCCAUGCUGAGAUAGAAAAUAAAUCCCAUUUUUCCCUUUUCCUUUUAAAUAAAGUGUAAUGUAAUGUUGUUUAUCAGAAACAGAGAGUGCAGGGCAUAUGAUUUUUGGUGGGAUUGAGGCUUCUUUUUUCUGUAAUUAAGUUUCAUUUCUAAAGAAGAUAUUGGUUAUGUUGAUAGCAGUUGUUAGCUCUUUGUUAUUGUAAUGCAAACUACUUUCUAAAUUAUAGAAACGUGAAGGGUUUAUGAUUUUUUUACCACAAUUCUACUG